AUGCCGCCAUCAAGUGGAUCCCAUGCUUCACCUCUCUUACGCCCGGCCUAUGGCGUAGCAAACUAUGCAUCGCGGGCGAUUAGGUCCGCUGCUUACCCCAUCCGUGGCAUUUGGUACUUUUUGCGACAUCCCGAGUUCUAUCCGCUCUUCGUGAGCCGACUACUCCCGCUCUCCAUAAUAUCUUUUCUAGUGUACUUUAUCUUGUUCACAUUUGCCUUCCUACCCCAAUUCUUGUUUCUGCUCAUCUUCCAUGGCCGCGCGGGCGCUGUGAUCAACACAACGGUGCUGGUUCUUGGAGAAGGUUUGGUGGUCAUCCAGGGCCUUUUCGAGGGCUUCUUUGUUGACGAGUGUCGUGCCACGCUCAUCAACCAUGGCCUGACGGACCUGAUCGCGCCCCAGCGUGUCCUUUUCCCCGACGCCGCAAACUCCGUGCGUAUGCUCGGAAAACCGACGAGCCGUGCCGAGUACCAACCAUGGAGCCUCGUGCAAAUAAUCGAACUGAUCGUGUUCCUGCCCCUAAAUCUCGUCCCCUACGUCGGGACCAUCGCGUUCAUCAUGAUCACCGGCUCCCGGCUCGGCAAGCUGUCACAUCAUCGGUGGUUUAAACUCAGAGGGAUUAGCAAAAAGGAUGCGAAGAGGGAGCUUAAAAUCAGGCGCUGGGAAUAUUUGUGGUUCGGCACGGUCGCUAUGGUGUUGGAGCUUGUCCCGAUCCUGAGCUUUUUCUUCUUGCUGACCAGCACUGCCGGGGCGGCGAUGUGGGCGGCUAAGAUGGAGGAACAGUCAAGAGUACGUAUUGGGCGCCCCAUUACGCAGGAGGACGAAGCCAACCAUGAUGUGGAGGGGCCGGUGUUUCAUGAUGAUCCGGUGUAG